AUGUCCGACCUCGUCGGCUGGUCAACAGGGCUUUUGGCAUUCCGUAGCGGUUCAGCCCAUUUCACCAGAUUCAUCAUGUCUUUUCUCUCGGCCAGCUUUGCCUCGCUGGAUUGGCGAUUAAUUCUACCGAUAAACGCAAACCGGAGAGGCCUCCGGCGCUACGUUCGCUUCGCCUCAGACGUACAGUUUGCUUCUGCAACCAGACGGACUGAACUCACGACGGUGUGUUUGUGUGCAGAUCUCGAGGCCGAUUCGCCCGACUAA